ACCUCACUAAACAUAUCCCUUCUAUAAGUAUACUGUGAAUCAGUCCUGACUGGUAAAUAUAAUGCUAUAUGACCAGUAGUGUAUUAAAUUCCUUAAAUACUAUUAUUUAUAAUAAUUAUAAUAAUGAUUAUAAUACUAAUACUACUACUACUACUAAUAAUAAUUAAUAUUAUAACGAAAAUAAUAAUAAUAAUAAUAAUAAAAACAAUCAUCAUCAUCAUCAUCAUCAUCAUCAUCAUCAUCGUCAUCAUCAUCAUCAACAACAUUCAUCAUUAAAUAAUAAUAAUAAUAAUAAUAAUAAUAAUAAUAAUAAUAAUAAUAAUAAUAAUAAUAAUAAUAAUUGUUGUUGUUUAAUCGGUCAAGGAAAGUACUUUUUUAAAUUAUAAUUGGAGUUAAAACGUCGUGAACCGCGAACAGAGUAAAACUGAAGUAAGCCUGGCAUACACUGUGUGCCAAUAGAUGUGGGUAUGAAUUAAAGGUAAAUCCAGCCUAAUCUUCUUACAAUCAGAUUAACGCGACAAUUUUUAUAACCAGCCUUCAAUCGAUUUUACCUAUUGUUUUUGUAAUUAAAAUGUGUGAGUAUUGCCAGUAUCACUGAAAUAAAUAAAACUAAAUGUAAAAGGGAUACACAUACAAAAUAUAUAUCACCUACCCCUGGAUGGACUAAUGAAUGAAUCAAUCAACAACUAUCCAUAGUCAACUAUGGCGAAUAUAACAGCCAACAACGAUGACCAGCCAUGGUACAAGGAUCUUGCCGACCCGGAGCUAGGCGUGGUGGGUGGCCUAUCUAACGCCGCGUUUUUCGGUGGCAUCAUCGGAGGCUUGGUGCUCAUUGUCGCCAUCGGUGGACUCAUCUACCACUGCAAACGGAAGAAGGAGCUCGAGGAGGAGGUGAGGAAGGCGGAGCAGGAAAAGGCGAGGGCCAACAACAAGGUGGCGCCCACGGGUGACCUGUAUGAGGAGAUGGAGGACGAGAUCGCCAAGCACGAGGCACAGAAGAAGAAACUCUCCAAAUACCUCGCCUUUCUGUUGCAAAAGGACGGGGCGGGCCUCGCCGCCGCCAACCAGAGACGCGCAGCAGCCCAGCGGGCCGCGGCGAAUAAAGGCUGGUUUUGAGAUGACGCGGGAUUGUUUGAUACAGCAUUUUGCGUGGCUCAUAAUUUGUUUUGAUAAUUUAUGAAAGUAAAAACACUGAAUAUUGCAUUUGUUGUUUGACGUACGUGUGUGACAUUUGAGGUGGCGCCAACAGGUGACCGGUAUGGGGAGAUGGAGGACGAGAUCGCAAGAGGCACAGAUGAAAUAACUCUCCAAAUACUCGCUGUUAAAGAAGGAAAAAUCAAAUCAAAUUUUAUUUUCAGUCUGUAUGACAUAAUAGAGAAACAUUAGCUAUGAAGAGCUAUUGACCAACGGGCAAUCCAAAUUUAAAGUGACAUUCUACUUCAAAAUCAAUGCAAAUAUAUGUAUUACAAACAUAAAUUUUGAGUGAUAAACCUUUAACUACUUACUUAAUAAUGCAUUUGUGGAAAAUAUUAAUUACAGAUAACAAGAUUGUAAACAUGUACUUAAUAGCUGAAAACGCAAAACUAUUAAAUGAUUGGUGAAUGCUUAAAGAUUUACUGUGAUGUACUAUCGUCGAAUAAGAUAGAAACACCGUGUUUUCUUCACCUUUCUUUCAAAUUAAACUAUGUAUCCUUCAUAAGAACAAUUGUUUUGGACUUUUAUUUAUCCUUGUCAGUAUAUUAAAACAAUUGUAUUACUUGUGGUAAAUCUUAUUUGGGAAUAAGAGUGCAUCCUUUAAUUUUAUAUGGAAUUUUACUAGAGUUUCAUAGUUUUGAUCUUAUUCACAGUUUUUUAAGUUUUAAAAUUAUAUUUUCAUUUUUUUUAAAUAAUAUUUGGCAUUGUUGAAUCAAUCUUCAAAUAUGUACAUAUGCUCCUUACACAGACAUAUGAAUAUAAUUUCCAUUUCAUGGCUUUGUGAUAACAUGUUCAUUGCUUUCAUUUCUAUGGGUUCUUAUAUUGUGUUACAAUUCUUUCAGUCUUGUUUUGUUACCAGAAUAAACCAAAAACAUGCA